CUGCUUCACGCUGCGGUCAGCUGACCGGGGAGCCGGUGACGUCAGCCGAGUCUCUCCCCGUUUCUCCUGUUUGAGAUGAUUUAGUCUUCUGCUUUUAACUGUCGGCUGCAAAAAAUGGAGCGGUACGGGUCUGAUGGUGACGGGGACGGACAGGAAACACCGCUCCUGCGCCAAGAAAAUGAAAACAAGGUCCAGAGAGCCCCGGUAUGUUGUUCCUCGCGCUACGGCCUGGCGCUGCUCUCCUGCUUUGGCUUUUUUGUCGUCUACUCCCUGAGAGUGAACCUGAGCGUGGCCAUGGUGGACAUGCUCAACAGCACACACCAGUCCAGUGCCAACCACAGCAGCUCGGUGUGCCCGGCUCAUCCCAGCCCUGCACGACCCAAACACAACCACACGGCCAAUGUGUAUGACUGGGACUCUGGGACUCAGGGCUGGAUCCUUGGCUCCUUUUUCUUCGGCUACAUCCUGACUCAGGUCCCUGGGGGUUACCUGGCUGGACGCUUUGGACCCAAGUGGCUGAUGGGCUUUGGAAUCCUGGGAACUGUAGUUUUUACGCUGCUCACGCCUGUGGCUGCUGAUCUGGGUGCGAGCUAUCUCAUUGCUGUGAGAGUCCUGGAGGGGGUCGGAGAGGGUGUCACGUUUCCUGCAAUGUACACCAUGUGGGCCGCGUGGGCCCCUCCACUGGAGAGGAGCCGACUACUCACCAUUUCAUAUAUUGGAGCCCAACUGGGGACGGUUAUAUCGCUUCCUCUGUCUGGUGAAAUCUGCUUCUACUUGGACUGGACCUACGUUUUCUACAUAUUCGGUGCUGUUGGCUUGGUGUGGUUCAUCUUGUGGGCUCUUCUCGUCUUUGACAGUCCGAACACUCAUCCACGGAUAUCAGAACGAGAGAAACUUUAUAUCAACAAUUCGCUCAAAAAUGAGCUCUCCACCUCAGCAGGCUACAUCCCCUGGAGAGCCAUCGUGACGUCUAGGCCGCUCUUUGCCAUCGUUGUAGCUCACUUCUCGUAUAACUGGACCUUCUACACACUGCUUACUCUUCUGCCAACCUACAUGAAUGACAUUCUAGGAUUUAGCAUUCAGGAGAACGGCAUGCUGUCGGCGCUGCCGUAUUUGGGCUGUGCUGUGUUUGCUGUCGUGAGCGGUCAAAUUGCUGAUUAUUUGCGAGAAACCUGCCUCUACCGAACUGUCACUGUCAGGAAGUCGUUCUCUCUCAUCGGAAUGAUCGGACCAGCAGUGUUCCUGGUGGCUGCGGGUUACACAGGCUGUAAUUACACCUUAGCUGUGACCUUCCUCACCCUGUCCUCUGCUCUGGGUGGAGUUUCAGCCUCUGGCUUCAACAUCAACCAUCUUGAUAUUGCUCCUUCGUAUGCUGGUAUUCUGCUGGGAAUCACCAACACAUUUGCUACCAUUCCUGGCAUGGUGGGACCAGUCAUCGCAAGAGCUCUUACUAAAAAUAACACCAUAGAAGAAUGGCAGAUCGUCUUCUACAUCGCCGCGGGGAUCAACCUGUUUGGGGCGAUAAUCUACACUGCGUUUGGGCGAGGGACGGUGCAGCCGUGGGCCGUCCACACGUCCUACUCUUCCAGUUAGUGUCUCUACCCCGGACUCACGUAACGUUUAAUCUCAGCAAAAGGUGCAUUCCAGCUGUGCUGAUGUUUCUCACAGCACGGCCAACUCAAAGUGAGUGAUGUACAGUUUAAGCUUUGGUGUCAAACUGACACGGCAACUACAAUGAAGGGAUGCUGCAGCCUGACGUCCUGAAACUACAGCGUAGCUGUGAUGCAGACGCGUAAAUCAAGCUCAACGGCCACGAUGUCUUCAGGGAUGUUAAUUAUUAGGUUGGCUGAAAGUUGAGAUAUUAUGAAUUUAAUCAAAAUGCAGUCUCUUCUUACAAGAUGAUGUUCUCUGAAGGAUAAAGGAAAAAAAAAAGAGACAAUUAAGCAGAAAAUGCACAAGUCUGUUCCCCAAGAAAUAUUAAGGGGCUGGCGAUGUGAAACCAAGCACAGACUUCUUACUAAAAUGUAUUGGGUUAUACAGCUGCAGGAUAAUAUGUUCCGUUUCAACAACAAUGGUCAGUUAGGGUGAGGAUUAUACCCAAAUUAUUUUAUAUCACCUGAGCUUGUGUAUACAGUAGUAAUUAAGCUAUGGAAGAUUUGUUUUAUUGAAUGUAAACAUUUUUAAGUUCACCCCCCCCCAUAUCUGCACACAGUAAGUCAUUCUUAAAUAUUUUUUCAUCAUGAGCAAACAUUUAUGUUAAUCAGAAGGAUUUAGGCCUUUUUUCACUUGUGUGUUGCUUUGCAGCCCAUAUCUAAAAAUCCUAAACAAUUCAAACACACGUCUGUGUUUUCAGCCUGAACCGUGACCACAAAUGCUCAUCAGAAAGAUGCCUUUAAGUGAAACUUGAUUAUUCUAAAUUGUGUUUCAUGUGUUUUAUAAAUUGAUUUUUGAGGAAAAAACUUUACCUGUAAUUGUGUUGUGGCAUUUAAAGAUAUUUGGUUCCAGGGACCAUUUAUUUUGGGUAGCAGCAUUAAACUCAUGCACAUUGUACACAAGUUCCAAUAAUACCAGCUACAACUAUCUUUAAUCAUUUAAUGAAAAACUACAGAUGUUCCAGGUAGACUCAGAUUAUUGGUCAUCUGUCUUUUCUCAGGUAUUGUCUGCCAGAUUUGGAUGAAAAUGUCUUUACAGAUUUGUCACAUGGCAGUGCAUGUCCUCAAGUUUAAAUGUUAUUUUUAUUUUAUUUGCAGAAAUGGCACCAUCGUUGUAGCUGCAUGUGUCAUGCACUUGUGCCUUAUUAGAUAAAGGGAAUUAGACAAUCCAGCAUUACAAACCCAUUCUGCUCACACUAUAGGGAAUUAAUAACAGCUUUUUAUUUCACUUUUUUAUUUUACAAUAGUGUACGCACAUCUUAAAAGGGACUUUUCUAUGACUAUACUGUACUAAAAAGGGAUAUUGUAAAUGUACAUAAUGGAAACAUGUUCUAAUCACUGUAACAUAUUACAUGUGUAUCAUAUAUAUGUUUAUAAAAUCAAGAGCAAACGUGA